AAACAAAAAUUUCCAUAGAAAGCAUGUUUGCUUCUGGGCAGGUGGCGCUUCUGUGGAAAGGUAAGUCAUGCGACCGCCUCUUCAGGCAGCGAGUGGGAGGAGAGUUUCGUUUAAGAAGCAGCCAGUCAGUCAGAAGGUCAGUCAGUCAGUCAUUAUCCUUGAACACAACUCUCAGCAGAGGAACCCGAACAACAGGAGGCCUUUUGUCUUCCUAUCUCUUGAAAUCACCAUGUCCUGCGACGAACUGGAAUGCAUCAUUUGCUGCAACGAGUACUCCCGCACCAGGAGGGUCCCCAGAGUGCUCCACUGCCACCACACCUUCUGCGCCCCUUGCCUGGAGAAGAUGUCCACCCUGCAGGGAGCCAUCUACACCGUCUCCUGCCCUCUGUGCCGCUGGGUCACCUGCGUCCAGGCCCGCCUGUCUCUCUCGGGGGCUCUGUGGAUCGACACUGAGAAAUGGGACCAGAUCAUCGAGCACAACAACCUGGAAAGCAAACAGCCCCAACUCGUCCAGCCGCCGCCUCUAUCUUGCCGCAGGCGGCCUGGUGUUUUUUCCGGACUCCAGCGGCUGCUCAGCUGUGUGCCGCUGCACCAGCAGAGCUGCUGAAGGGCGGAGAGAGAAAAGA